UACUAUACAGUGACAGUUAUACUCUGUGAUAGAGUAACACACAGUAAAUACGCAGAGACAGUAAGUAAUACACCCUGCCUGGUGGUGAGACUCAGGAAGCCCUUCGAGUCACUCUGACGUCAUUCACGCGGGGCACGGACCGUGAUGUUCACUGUUAGUAUCGUACCACGGCUUCUUUACUGCCCAUCCACUGCGUCAUAAGAUUAAGUCGAAACCGCCGUGCCGUUCAGCGCGUCCUCGCCAGACGGAGAGGGACACAGGGCGGAGACACAGUUCCGGGACGGACACGGGACAGCGAGUCCACGCGGCUCCGGCGGGAGGCUCUUCAGGAGGACCAGUGAUGUCCCCGGUGAGGGUGCUGCUCUUCUGCUUCCUCUGCACGUCCUCGUGUGCAUCAGAGCUGCGGGAGCGCGCGCUGCGGCUCAUGGCCAGAGACCCCCUCAUCGAUGGACACAAUGACCUCGCGCUGCAGCUGAGGAUCCUUCAUAACAACAAACUGAGCCAUAUCAGACUGUACAACCUGAGCAAUGUUGCCACGGACAUAAACCGGCUAAAAACUGGUCGCGUCGGUGCCCAGGUGUUUGCAGCCUAUGUGAUGUGUACAGCGCAGGAGAAGGACGCGGUGCGGCUCACGCUGGAGCAGAUCGACGUCAUCCAGCGCAUGUGCACCUCGUAUCCGGACCUGGAGCUCGUCACCUCGGCACAGGGCCUCGAGCAGUCCACAAAGACAGCCUGCUUGAUAAGCAUCGAGGGGGGACACUCCAUAGACAGCAGCCUGGCCACCCUGCGCAUGUUCUACCAGUUGGGCGUGCGCUCCAUGGCUCUGACACACACCUGUAACACCCCGUGGGCAGAAUCAUCUUCAAAUAUUUAUUCAUUUUAUCCGAAAAAGAAUCAAAGCCUAACAAGUUUUGGUGAGGCUGUGGUGAGGGAGAUGAACCGCCUGGGCAUGAUAGUGGACCUGUCCCACAGCUCCUGGGAUACAGCCCGCAGUGUGCUGGAGAUCUCCACCGCCCCCGUCAUCUUCAGCCACUCUUCUGCCUUCGCGGUGUGCCAACACAACCGUAACGUUCCCGACUGGCUGCUCGUGAUGCUGAAGGAAAAAAGAGGGCUCAUCAUGGUCAACAUGCACAGCGGGUUUAUUUCCUGUGGGGAAAAAGGAAACAUCUCCGUGGUGGCUGACCAUUUCGAACACAUCAGAAAGGUGGCAGGAUUUGAGUCGAUAGGGAUUGGAGGGGAUUACGACGGAGCUUCCAAGUUCCCCGAUGGACUGGAAGACGUUUCCAAGUAUCCUGCCCUUAUCCAGGAACUGGUGCGCAGGAACUGGACGGAAACGGAGUUGGCUGCUAUCCUGAGGCGAAACUUCUUGAGGGUUUUCAAAGAGGUCGAGAAAGUCCGUGACAGACAAAGCAGCCAACCUCCAAGUGAAGCCGAGAUACCCCUUGCGGAUGCUGCCAACCCGUGCCGCCUGAUUCUGACCCGACCGGUGUCAGGUUCUGUCUUUAGAGACGCCUCCUCUUCUAAUGUUAAUGUUCUCACAUGUUCUGUCGUGUCCUCAGUGCUCCUCCCCUUCCUCCUCCUCCUCCUCCUCCUCCUCCUCCCCACUGCAGUUUAGGAACCUCUCCACCUUUCAGGUGUUCUCCUUUCCCCCCAGCCCCCUAUUCUCCCAAUCGACCGGAGCACUUGAAGUCCGCAGAUCACAGCCAGCCGCGGUCCGACAGCCUUUUUCGGCUUUUUCUUUCCCAGAAGUUCUCUCGUACAGGUACUCCCAGAGUGCUCCUGGAAGCUAGAUUCCAAAGUGCCCAUUGUUCUCUAUUUAUGAUGAGAACACAGGUCUGGCUGCCUCUCAGCCGUCUUCCACAAACCUUCGUCAUUUAUAACUCAUAAUUUAUACUGGACACGUUAUCUUUUUAUAAAUGUAUCUAAUAAUUCACUUGUAUAUCCAUUUUUUAGGUCUGAUAUUUUUAUUGUUGUUGGUAUUAUUAU